UACCAGCCUCAUAGACGUACAGGCAGAGGGGGGCAUCCGAGUGUGCGGGCUAGAGCUGUACAGUAAACAAUUCUGGUACGCUUGCAAUGAUACACAGCAGAACUGCAUGCUAGUGCAGACGUCGCAUGCCGCAUGUGCACGCCUGUCAGUGGAGCCUGGGUGCACACAACCAUACAAGCUGGACCAGGAGGAAAACAAGCUCAAGCGCUUAUUUGGGCUCUCCUCGAGGGAGCGUGAUUGCAUGAUGAGAGAGAAGAGGACUGCUGCUAUCAUGAACGAAUGUAAAGCAUACCACAGAUUUUAGGCAGACAUUGGUGGAUAAAAAAAAGCAACUCGCCCAGCAAUGGAGAACCAGGCGGCGAUGGAGCAGCAGAGCUACGAGGACGUGCGGAAAAGCGGUUAUCUCCGCAAGCAGAAAUCUAUGCACCGGCGCUUUUUCGUUCUCCGGGCUGCCUCGGAGCAGGGCCCGGCCAGACUCGAAUAUUAUGAAAACGAAAAAAAAUUCCGAAGCAAGUCACCGGUCCCAAAGAAAGCAGUGAACCUGGACUCUUGCUUCAACAUCAACAAACGGGCAGAUUCAAAGAACAAGCACAUGAUAGUGCUGUAUACCCGCGGGGAGAGCUUUGCCAUAGCCGCGGACACCGAAGAGGUCCAAAACGAAUGGUACCAGGCCAUGCUGGAUCUACAAUGUAAAUGUAAGACUCCUGAUGAGUGUGGCAGUGGAGGAGACUGUGGACUGCCUUCCCCUGGCCCUGCUUUUAAGGAGGUCUGGCAAGUUAAAGUCUGGCCUAAAGGUUUGGGUCAGGCCAGGAAUCUAGUUGGAAUCUACCGACUUUGCUUGACAGACAAAACAGUCAACUUUGUCAAACUCAACUCUGAUGUUGCAGCUGUGGUCCUCCAGUUGAUGAAUGUGCGACGCUGUGGCCACUCAGAGAACUUCUUUUUCAUUGAAGUGGGUCGUUCUGCCAUGACAGGUCCUGGAGAAUUCUGGAUGCAAGUAGAGGAUUCAGUGGUGGCGCAGAACAUGCAUGAGACCCUUCUUGAGGCUAUGAAGGCUCUGAGUGAAGAGUUCCGUCAAAGAAGCAAAUCCCAGACUGUUGGUGUGAGCUGUGGAGGAGGAACUGCCUCUAACCCUAUCAGUGUACCUUCUAGACGACACCACCCAAAUCUGCCACCUUCACAGGUUGGCUUUUCUAGACGUGCUAGAACGGAAACCCCUGGAGUCUCCAACAGCAACACGUCUCCAACUCCACGGCACGGAUUCUCUAGGUCACGGACAGCCAGCAUUGGGGCUCGCACAGAUGAUGGAGGGGGCAGAGCAACGGCACUCAGCACAAGUCCAAGUCUCAAUGGUUCAUCCUGCUCAACUACCCCAACCCUGAGACCUAAACCUACACGAGCACCUACUCCAGCAAAGAUCACCCUCAGCCUGGCACGAUACACCCCUAACCCUGCACCUUCCCCAGCCCCCAGCCUCUCAUCCAGCUCUGGUCAUGGGUCAGAAUGUGGGUUGGGUGGAGCUGCCUUUGGAACAGUGCCCAUCUGCACUUAUGCUCGAAUUCCUCAGAGAGUGUCGAUGUCAGGAUCACCCAGUGAUUAUGGUUCGUCAGAUGAGUACGGCUCCAGCCCCGGAGAGCACUCCCUGCUAGCCACAGGACUCCCUGCUGCCCUUGUUGAAGGUGGAGCCAGUUAUAUCCUGAUGGGUCACCGAGAAGGGUCUCACAAACGUGUUCAUGGACGCAGGGUUCUUCGUCGUUCAUCUAGUCGCGAGUGUGAGGCUGAGCGCAGGCUGCUCAGCAAGCGUGCUUCCCUUCCCCCCACCUCUACCCAAGAGCGUUUGGUCCCACGCCGCAGGGAGGAGGAGGAAGAGGAUGAAGAAGACUAUGCAGUGAUGUCACGCAGUGCAAGUAGAGAGUCUUUCACAUCUCGCCGAGGCUCAGGGGGUUCAGCUACAACAUCACUGGUGCAGGAAAACUCAGCAGAUAAAGGUGUCAGUACUAAAGGGGGGCCUGAAGACUCCUCAAUUGACAGUGGAUACAUGUCUAUGCUACCAGGCGUUACAGCUCCUCCUGCUUCAUUGUCGCUAUCAGUUUCUGGUUCAGAUGUAGUGCCAAAGGGUGGAGAUGAAUACAUGGCCAUGACCCCAAAUAGUAGUGUCUCACCCCCUCAGCACAUCCGCCUACCCAUCAAUGAGGGCUACGUGAUGAUGUCUCCUAACAGCAGCUGUUCACCAGACUUACACGGCCUAAGUGGAUGCAUUUGGGGCAGUAGGGGCAGCAUGGAGAGUCGGACAGGCAGUGACUACAUGAACAUGUCACCUAUAAGUGCCAGGUCAGCUUGCAGUACUCCUCCAUCACACCCAGAGCAGCAACCACUGCAGCCAAAGAUGGUUUAUUCUUAUUUUUCGCUGCCACGUUCGUACAAACACACCACCCUCUCAACCCGUUUUGAGGAUGAUCUGGACAGGGUUUGUAUGGGUAGAGGUGAAGCUGGAGUAAAAGCUGGGCAUAGUGGUUACCAUUGUGGAGGGGACACACCUGUUGGCUCAGGUGGUGCUGGACAGCUAUCUCUGUCCUCAUCCUCUUUUUCCUCUAGUUCAGCUAGCAGUGAAAGCCUUGAGGACAGGUCGUUGUCUCUGUCUGUUGGUGGAGUGGGAAGAGCAACUAGGUUGAGUGCAGGACACAGGGUAGUGGGGGCUCACCCCAAAGUUUCAUCCCAACACCAUCACCAGCAGAGAUGUGGGCCAGGUGUUCAGAAACAGGGUCAUUUACAGUCAAGGAAGGACAAGUCGUCCAGUUUUUUUGUGGAUGUGUCCAAAGCCAAUACGCUGCCGAGAGUCAGAGAGACUUUGCUCCCAACUGCAUCCCAGAGCCCAGGAGAGUAUGUGAGCAUUGUAUAUCAGGGUGAGCGAGGAGGACAUAACAAGGGGAUGACUACGGCUGAGUCAGGGAACUCUAUGGCACAAGGACAUCAAAGAGCCUUUCACCGACCACAGCCAUGUCAGGGUGGAUCUGCCAACCUUCCUCGGAGCUUCUCAGCACCCCUCUCGACCUCAAUCUCUUUAUCAUCUGAAUAUGUAAACAUGGACUUAGGUAGCUCACCUUCUUCUCUCACUACCCUCUCUUCUUUUAAACCUGCCCCAAAGGUCAGAGAGGAGAUCAACAGAGCUCCUCCAGUAGAACAAGAAUUGGAAAUGGGACUCAGGAAGAGCAGCAUGACAGGCAUGACAUCUACAGAUGUGGCUGCUGCUCCUUUUACAGACUAUACUGAGAUGACAUUUGGAUUGGGUGCGGAUACAACAUCCAAGUCCCCAAAAGCUGGCCAAACACCUCUGCCAUCCUCCAUGGAGCAAGAGCAUAACAUGAAUUUCCCCUCACCCAAGGCUUUUUCAAACGUGGAUCAGGGUGCCCGUCUAGUCAGGGCUGAAUCAACAGCAAGAAGGCGGCAUCGCUCAGAGACGUUUAUCACCCCCCUAACUCACCCCCUCUCCCCCUGUGCUUCCCCUUCACCUUUUUCUGAAACUCCACAUGUUGGUCCACCACGACAGCAAGGAUUAGAGAGCAACCUUUGGUCUAAUACUCAACCACCCUCUCCACAGUGUGCCAGCCCUGGAGUAGCAAAUCUUCCUGCUGCUCAGGCAUCUUCCAUAACCCUGGAGCAAGGCCUGAACUACAUUGAUUUGGACUUGGUCAGUAAGGAGAAUCAAACCAGUGUGGAUGGACCCUCUGGCCCUCAUUCAUUUUUCUCUCCUGUAGUAGGAGGGUUGACUGGGGGAUUGGGUGGAGCAGGAGGAAACACCAGCUCCAGCAUCAACACAUAUGCCAGCAUUGAUUUCAUCAAAUCAGAUGAAUUGAGAGUUCAUCAGAGCAGCAGGAAGGACAGCAAAGAUUGUUAAUGUGCUCCUGCGUUUGGACCAGUCAGCACCUGUCCUUCCUGCGUGAGUGUGUUUGUCUGUGUGCGCACCUGAUGUGUUCUGAAAAACGGUGCGAUUGCCCACAUCCCUCAGCAGUGGAAACCUCAUUAAAACAUUUACUCUCAUUAGUUGCCAUUGGUUCAAUCAAAAUAAAAUUUGUGCCAAAAGACUAUCGGUCAUUUCCUCCAGAGAUCACUGAGAUGGACGUGUCCUCCAGCUGCUUAUGAAGGGCCACUGCGACUCUGACUGCCAACCAGGAGCCAAUGAUAUUCCUUUUUUCCUCUACCACAUACUUUAAAUUAUUGAGAUGUUAAAUAGUAUAACGAUAGAUCAAAAAUAUAUAGCAGACAUAAUAUUACUGAGAAUAUAUCUAUCUAUCUAUCUAUCUAUCUAUCUAUAUAUAAAUACAACUUUUUUUUUAUAAAAGUGCCUCAUUUUUGAUUGUAGCCAUUUUUACACAGGUCUCAAUGUGCUCUGUAAAAGAAAAAAACGCUUUUUUUUCCCUUUUUUCUUUGUUGCUUUCCCAUUCCUUUGUGUUCGCUAUGCUGAACAAAGCUGAAAGACAGAUAGUUACACAUAAGUGAAGUGAAGAAAAGCUAUUGGAUAGAUGGUAGAGCUUUAUUUGCUAUGGUUUGUGUAAUCAGAUUGCCUUACUGUGCUGUAUUUGCGUGUGUGUGUGUGUGUGUGUGUGUGUGUGUGUAAUCAGUCGUCUAAGCCUCAGCCAUGCUGUGCCUCAGUUCGCUAAAAAAGAUCUGGACGCACACAGUAAGAUCAAAACUGAUUGCCUAUACCAUAUUGCUGUGUUAUUAAAACUUUAGUAAAUGCAUCUACUUCUACACAGAUAAACACUUACAUUAAUAUUAUCCACCCUUUCUUCUAUUGAUAUUGCAUAAUGGCAUCAAAUGGCUGUGAGCACAAAAUCAGAUGACUGAUAGUUGUCUAAUCAAUAUAACGGAAACUUGUGUGUGUGUGUCCGUCCGGGGACUAUUGUCCUUAGUUGUAUAACCAGGGUGGUGUAUUAAUGUAGUACUUCCCAUCCCCAGGUUACUUUGGUGACACACUCGCAUUUUAGAUUUAAAACUGUGCCUCCCUCAAAUGCAGCUCUGUUAUCACAGACUCAACUGCUAUAUAAAUUUAACACAUCCACUUAACCAGACAGCGGAUAUCCAUCAAAUUUCUCUGUCUGACCUGUUGAUGAUACUCUGACUGGUUUUUACACACCUGCAAUUUACUUUUUACACAGACACACACUUCACUUGUCCUGUAGUAGAGAAUGUGCUCCAGUUUCCUCUGCUUUCGCUUAUUUUGUUCAGUAUUGCAAUUGAAAGAUGAGAGUUACAAGAGAACAGGGUCUUUUUCUGCCAUCCGGACAGUUGUGCCUGUCUUUGCUGAAACGUAGCAUGUUGUUAUUUUUUUAUUGAUUUGACACGUUUUGACUUUUAAGAUUCAUUUUGUUGGCUUCUGUAAUUUUCUAAUUAAUCUAGAGUUUUGUGUAGUGUAUGUAACUUGCAAAAACAAUAUGUAGAAAUGAUCCUAUUUUAGUGCCAAAUUCCUAACUCACACACUACCAUCGAUCAUGCGUUGAGGAAAAUGAGUGAUCUCAUAAACUGAAACAUGCUUUUUAAUACCAGAUUUUUAGUAACCAAUAUUUUUCUCUUUUGCCUGCACAAUCUGCGUAUUUUCUAUCACCUAUUUUGGCAAUGUAAAUUCAUAUCUCACAUACUACAACAGCUGCCUUCAGUUACCAGGAAUCAACAUGAAGCCUUAUAGUGCUUAUAUGAAUGCCUUUUCUAUCAUGUAAAAAUAAAACUCUCCUUAGGUUAUGCAUAUUGUAUACAGACAGGUUCAUUGAUAUGUAAAAACAUGCAACAUUCAAUGCAGUGUUUCUAAGUGUGUAAUAGAGGUGACACUUGCUUACAGUAUUUAUACUCAUCAUCCACAUCACUUAUACAGUGAUUGUUAGUGGUUACAGAUAACAUGCAUACCUCCCACCAAAAAGCUCACAUGCUUCAUAAUCUGAUUAAAACUAACAGAACAACAACAGGUGGUGAUUAUAAUGUGGGGUGGGCUUAAUAAUGCCCUCUUAAGAGUUUUAACCUCUGUGUUUACUUCUCAUCCUGAGCAAGACAUAUGCCUUUUUUAAUCCACUUCAUAGGUCGACCAUUACAAAAGCAAAGAAACCAUCAAAUCGUGUUUGUUUGUGUGCGUGUGUGUGUUUGUCUGUUUCUGUCAAAGCGCAUUUGGCUAUUCUGUUUUACUCCAUGUGUCUUUUUUCUAUAUUUUGAUUGCCUUAUUGUCUGUAUUAGCUCUUAUUUAAUACAUGGCAGCUGUAAAAGAUGCUUUUUAGUCUAGAACAGUGGGAAUUAUGUUUGAAGAUUCUGCAUUCUAGCAGUGGGAUUUUUCUUUCUUCAGAAUGACAGUUUUAUAGAGUCUGGUUUGGUGUAUAAAAUUGUGUCCCCAGACUUUGUUUCCAGAAAACAUUAACAUGGUAUUAAGUGAUGUAGAAAUACAGCCAAGGUCAUAUGUAUACUGUAGGUAUGGACUAUCUGUAUAUAGUCCAGAAAAAAGAUACAAAAAAGAAAAGUAAUCCUUUAUUGUCUUUAAGUACCUGCAAUUGUUGGGAAAAAAGGGUCUGAUAUGCACAAUCAGGGGUUUGUGUAAAGUUACAAAUUUGAUCUGUUCUUCUGUAUAUCUAAUUCUAUGAAACAGUCAAUGACAAUUGUGUAUAAAGGGGUUUUAAUAAGAGAGUUAAUACGCUGUGGGCUACUGUAUAGUUCUGUGAAUAAGGGGAAAUAUGGGCUCGGGUGGGCAAUGGGAGACUGUAUGGUAUGGAUAUAGUAGAAAUGUCUGUUGAAUUGAGAAAUUCCUCAAUGAUUAUUGCCUGUGAUUAAGACAAUGUCACUCCAAUUUAUGGGAAAAAAAAGAUGAAAAAAGUAUGAGAGAACUGAAAUAAGUGUCCCGUGUCU